GAUGUUAAUGUCCGUCACUCAGUAUGAACGAAAUUGGCCCGUCUUUGGUGACAACUUACACGUUCAAAAGCGGGAAAGAGUUCGUCGUCAAGAUCAAAGUUACUGCUCUGGCGAGAGGAUGUCAGCGUAACUUAGAGCUUGCUAUCACGGAUAAAUACACCGCGGAGAAUUGGCAAUCGUCGUACGACGCUGCAUACAUUGAAAAUUUGACGCAUAAAACUGGAAAUUACAAGCAUUUCGAUGUAUUCGUCGCUAUGUUGCAAUCCGGACUGUUAAAAGUACCUAAUAUCUUUGUAUUCCGAGUUUCUAACGAGUCGAGCCAAAUAAAAAGGAUUCGAUUACAGACAAGUGAAUCUAUUAGCUUGGACCUUCUCACGUUCGAAGAUUUAGAAUUGUUACGCGCGCGUAAACUCGAACGAAGUUCGUAUUCAAGUUUGGGUAACGCAACGAGCAAUCGUCGCUAUCUUAUAUUAACGUACACAGUAGAAUUCGACAGAAUCCAUUAUCCAUUGCCCCUGGAAUAUUGCGGUUUACCCGAUCCAGUAACACUGCAAGCUACUAUAAGAAGAUUGCAAACGGAAAUCGAGAGAUUACAAUCCGCAGGGGUGAACAGAGAAAUGCAGAAACGCAUCGAGCAGCUGACAAUCACGAAUCAAAAGCUCGCGCAAGAGAAUUAUAAGCUUACUAACGGAGGUAAAGCUUUAAAGCAUUUGUUCGGAUCGAUUAAAUCGUUAGAAAGUAACGUCGUUAAGGAGCGUGCCUCGUUCCGCGCGCAAAUUCAGAAACUUAGGGCCGAGAACGCAGCGUUAUCGUUAAAAGUGCAGCAGCUUACCGCGUCCGCUAAUAGGAAACCUGGGGAUGGUAGUCCGGCGUUGAGACGUCGUAAUCGAACGCCUUCCACGCGUAGACAGAGCAGAAGUAGAUCGUCCUCGAUUUCGAGUCGAAAUAAAACUUCUAGCUUAUCGUCAGGUAGUUCUUUGGAAUCGAUCGGAGUACGAUCUCAUUCUCGAAAAACGAAAGCGGGUAGCAACAAAGCAAGGAAUCCAAAACUCGACUUCGAGAAUUUGGAGGCCAGAAUUAACUCGUUGCAGAAAAUGUUGAAAGAAGGAGUAAACUUGAAUUAACGAUUUUUAUAAAGGACUAACGAGCGUUCAAUUUU